AGCCCUUUCCGAAUGUCACAGCGAUGAUCUUGAGCUCCCAUUGGCUCAUGUCUGCGAACACGUCACAAUCAUGAUUAGAAUUGAUGAUCGGACGUUCUGAUUUCAUUGUCUAGCAAAGGGGACUGGUGGAGAAAUCUGCUGAAUUGGAGCGCUCGUCUGAUUUUGAUAUCAAAUAUGGUAAGUGGUAGAGUGACUUCACUUUUCGCUUCAGGGGGAGAAAAAAAACCCGACUUGUUUUCGUUGGUGUCCGCCCGAAGCCAUGGGGUCAGCGCGAGCGACCGUGCCAGGGGAAAUCAUAGAUUUGAAGGAAAAGUUUAGCUGCAGCUAUUCACGGGGGGAGAGCUAAUGCUAAUGCUAGCAUAGCGUUUGGUUGGCUCAGAUAUGGCCGCUCGGGCCUGCAGGCUAGCGCGAGCUGUUUUGAAGUGGCCAUUGUGCUGAUGCGGCGCUUACCCCCGGUUUGUUUACCGUCUGGCUCGCGGUUGUAAAAGUUAUGGCAUGCGCCUCCUGUGCGGGAUAUUGGGUGACUGAGUCCCCGGGCUGUCGCCUCGGCGGUGUGCUAAGCUGACGUGCCCACAAUGUAUUCGCUAAUUCUCUCUCCGUAAUGUUUCCAUAUUGGCUGUGGCCAUGCGCAGUCAGCCUGCCAGAAUAAACCCGCUGGACGCUUAUUGGUCGCACAACAUUCCCGUAUGUGACAUAUUUCUGUCUUCCUCAGAAAAACCUCUGUUCCAAACGGAGCAGUGAGAGUGUUUCUGAGGUGACUGUAGGCUGUUUCCUCCCUCUCUCUCCCUCUCUCGCUCACCACAUUAUCCAGCGGUGUGUCAGGUUCACUGAGACACGAUGAGUGCAAUCGAACCUUUGCUGGUCUAGAAACAUGGAGGUUUUGCUGUGAUCUGCAUGGCUGCCCCGUUCCCCUCCAGUGGCAGAAUGGAUGCAUGGGCACAGAGGCGCUGCCUGCAGACUAUGAACCUGCGGUCGGUGUUUACGACUGAACAGCAGAGGAUCCUGGAGCGUUAUUAUGAUAACGGGAUGACCAAUCAGAGCAAGGCCUGCUUCCAGCUAAUACUGCAGUGUGCUCAGGAGGCCAAGCUGGACUUCAGUGUGGUUCGGACAUGGGUUGGCAACAAAAGACGUAAGCUGGCCUCCAAGGUGGAGCAGAAUGGAGGCAUGUCUCAUUCCUUCUCCAGUCACGGACUCGCUGGGGGAUUACUCUCCAGUCACUCGUUAGGCGGAGGUCCGCUGUCCAAUCACAGCCUGGCGGCAGGGCCGCUGCUUCCCGCUGACCUGGCUGCGGCGCGGAACAUCCAGAACCAUGUACACCUCCUCCCCCCAUCCUCGUCCUUCCCCUCUUUCUCGUCGACAUCUUCCUCCCCUUCCUCUUCCUCUCCCCACAGCAGCGGAAGCAACAACAACAACAACAACGACGUCAUACUGACCGGGAUUUACUCCGUCAACUCCGUCCCCCACUCCCGACCGAGACCCCCGGCGCCCCCAUCUCAGUCAGACUCUGAGCCCUCGGCACACACGUCCUCGUCUCUGUUCAGCCGGGCCCUGCAGAGCAGGAGCAGCUCCGCCUCCUCACCCCUCCACUCCAAGCUGGUCUCGCUCUCUCAAAACCUCCCGCCCCUCACAUCUGCCUCAGGGCCUUCAGUCUACACUGCAGUCAGGAAGGGAGCUUUAUCCCUCGGGGGGGCAGGGGUAAGUGCAGGAGCAAGGGUAGUACCUCACAGCUGGACUAGGCAGUACGGUACAGCGCAAACUCGCCCUUGGUCCUCUUCCUCACAGCCCCAAACUCAGCCUCAGCCCAGACCUCACUCCAACCCUCAACCUCAACCUCCUGCCCCUCAGAAGACGCGGGUGCAAAGCUCUAGUCCCUCCUCCGAACACACACCUCGUAUCCAGCAGGUCUUCACCUUGUCAGAAGGAAGCGAGGGGGAGAGACUCAGAGCCUCCCCCCCUCGCUCGAGUCAUGAGUCUACCCGAAAAAGCCAGGAGGCGCCCCAUCCCAGGGAUGCCAGUCAGAACUUCUCCAUUGCCAUGGAAACCGGCGAUGAAGAAGAUGAGUGGCAAAGGGAAGAGGAACUGGCAAACAUGGCCGCCCAGACACACCUCCACAGGGAGCAGACGUCAACCAGCCCAACCGGGGCUGAAGUGUCUGCAGCGAGGGGAGGCCACACGCCGCCUAUGGCGAGACCCAGACCCGCACUGCUUCACGGCAACACAACUGUUCAGGGCAGCUACUCCGUCACAGCACAGACCUCACUCACAAGGGAAUCCGGCUCACAGACUUCACUCGGUGUGUCUGCCGGCCCCUGGAUUAUCAGCAACUCCAGAAAGAGAACACUGCAGGAUCGGACCCAGUUCAGCGACGGGGAUCUCAUCCAACUGAAGCGCUACUGGGAUCGAGGCAUGACCAGCCUGGGCUCCGUCUGCAGGGAAAAGAUCACCGCUGCAGCCAACCAACUCAAUGUAGACACUGAAAUAGUCAAGACAUGGAUCAGUAACAGGCGGAGGAAGUACCGUCUGAUGGGUAUUGAAAUCCCUCCACCUAAAGGUGGGCCCGCUGUAUUCUCCACCUCAUCCCCAGGAAACGAAUCUCCGAGGGCCCUCAGCCCCGACGACGUGGGGCUCAGAACGCCCGAACUCGGAGAUGACUUGAAUGAUGAGGGAUCUGUCUGCCUGUCUGAAGACGGCACGAUCGGAUCGCAGCAUCGAGACGAAGAAGACGGGAUAGAUGUGUCCACUGCUACUCCACUGGCCAAUAAUGUGAAGAUCGAAGUAAUUGAUGAGGACGAGGAAGACGAAUAUGGAGUAGAUGAAGAUGGUGACUUAGUGGCUUCAGACCUGGAGCAAAUGCAGAGCCUGCUGGAAUUCAAGCACGAGGAAGUGCAGUUCCUAGAGAUUGAGCUAGAGAACCAAAAACAAAAGUACGACGAGCUCGUAAGCUUCACGAAGAGCCUGCUCAGCGCCGUGAGGAGCAAUGACCUGGAGAGACAGCAGGAACUCGUGGCCAGUCUACCUCAGCCUUCAGACCAGGACUGGGACAUGACGGAGGAGAGAGGAACGCAGCCCGCCGACACGUCGGCGGACACGUGCUCCAACCACAACGGCUCCCCGAUGGCCGGGGCAGAGUCCCCGCCAGCCCCGGCAAACGAAGAAGUCCCGCUGGUCCCAGUGAACAAAGACGACACAUCGACUGAAGUUACUGAGCCCUCUGCAUCAGAGGAGCAGCUGCAGGAGGCGGCUACAGAACAAAAGUGACUAU